AUGGAUAGUAGCACAAAAAAACUUUUACAUUGUAUCUUUGAAGUUAUUGUCUCAUCUAUUGAAUGUAAGAACCAAGAAGUUCUUAUAGACUUAGUCAAAACCGCAAUAGAAAACGAUGUUAAUAUUUCACAAUUAAUAGAAAAUAACAAAUUUUUAUUUAAAGAACCUGAACAAAAAAGUUAUCGUAUUGAUGAUGACUUUUAUGGUUAUGUAACUUGGAUUAAUUGCUUAACAAGAGAAAAUUUUAUAGAAAUUGUUAUUCAAAAUUUCAACGAUGAUCAAUUUAUUCAACUUAUAAAGGAAAUGAUAGAAAAAGAUUUAUUAGAAAAUGACAAAAAGAAAAUUGCAAAAAAAUUUGUUUAUAAGGAAAAUUCUUAUUAUCACUUCAUUAACUCUUCAUUAAAUUCUCAAUUAACAAAUGGAAUGAUUAUACCAGACUAUUUAGAUUUUAAAAACAGUAUAGAAGAAGAGCUUAUGAAGAAUAAAUUCGUUGAAGAUAGAGCAGAAUCUAAUUUAAAAUCAAAUGGUCAACUAAUAAAUAAAAAAAUCUAUAACUCAAUGUUAAAUGAUUAUAUAAAUGAGAAAGUUGAUAAACACAAAAAAAUGAUUGAAGAGCAUCUCAGUUGUGGUGAAUUAUCUGUAUCAUUCGAUAGUGAACAAUUAGAUCAAAACAAGUUAGAUAAAAUUAUUCUUCCUCAAGUAGAACAACAAACAGUUGUUACUCUAGUCAGUGAUGAAGGAAAAUUAAUUUCUAUUUAUUCUAAAAAAUCAAAUAUAUCUUUUGCACAUCCUCCGAAAAAUAAUACAAUGUUACUUUUUAAUGAAAAUGGUAUUUGGAAAGAAUGUAACAAAAGUUCAUUCCUUUUUAUCAAUAAUAAUCAAAUUAACUUUUGUGACAGAACAUCAAAUUCUCUUAUUGAGUUAAAUGAUACAACAAUCAAUACAGAAUUUAAAGGUGAGAUUUUGGACUUUAUUGGAGAAAGUAAAUGGAAUACUAUACGAAUUAUAAUUUAUAAUAAGUCUCUUAAAACUAGUACUGUAAAUAAUAUUGAUAAAAUACCUAUGCCUGUACCUUCAAACAAUAAAGUAUUAAAAAUUGUUCUUGAAAACAGGUUUAAAGUAACUAAUAUUAGAAAUGAUUAUAAAAUAAUUAAAGAGUUGUAUAACAUUAAAUCACCGAAUCUUCGACUUGAUUUUUAUGUUCAAACUGAGAAUAACAUCGUUGGGCUUUGUGCUAAUGAAAAUACAAUAUCCUUCUUUGAAUAUGACCUAAAUGAAAUUGACAAACAAAAUGCUCAAAACUAUUCAAAAAAUUCUAUUACUCGUUAUUUCCAAAAAACGUCAUAUAAUAACUUUGCAAUAACUCCUCCUGACCCAGUUAUAUCAUUUGACACACCAGGAUUUAUUUUGAUUACUCCACUUUUUUCAAUAUCUAAUCAAUUGAUCAUCACUAAAUAUCCAUUCAACUCGAAACUUUAUUCUCCAAUGUUCCAAAGUAAUUCUUUUUUCAUUAGAGAACCAAUUUCACAAAAAGUAAUAGACAUAGCUUAUCGAGUGACAGACAACCAAUAA